AUGGCAGGUUGCGCCCUGGCUACAGAGCGCUUAGAUGGUGACUUCUGGAUUUCAACUGGCCCGGAGAGGAUGCAGCACCAACUUGAUGAUCGAGAUGUACGUCACGUUUCUGGCGUGACGCGCAUAGUACUUAAACAAAGGGUCCCCGAGUUUGAACGGCAUCAUACUUCUCAACCGAGUAGAGGCUGGCCCAUACUCGAGGUCUUUACCAUGCCUGAGGCUCCUAAUAACCGUUCUGCCUCGGGGGCGACUCGAGGCACACCAUUCUCUCCUCCGACACCUCCCGCUGUCAGAGCCCCGCCAUUGACCGACUACGAUGACCUAGAUGCAGGCCACCUCGGUCACACUCCUACAUAUUUGACGACUUCUACAGUCUUCGAUAAUUCACCGGCUCGGAACAGCCAUGGGGAUGUCCAGGCUCACACCGCACCUAUUUCCUGGCCUAGCGAUGGACCAGCAAUGUACUUAGCGCCACCGAUGCCAGCGACAACUCCGGGUACCCUACAGACCACCACGAAUGACCACGGAAUUACCGAUAUUCAGCACUUUCCUGCCCACUUUAUACCGUCAUCAUAUAUUGGAUCUUUUGAGAACAUGCCUGAUGCGAUCGCGGGGAUGGGGUCACUAAACUCGGACUCUGGCUCGGGCUCAAUCGCAUGGAUGCAGGACGGGAUUGCCGAACCGAGGGCAGAUGCUGACAAGUCGCUAGACUGUUUGGUCUACAAUGUGGGUGGACGGGUUGCACAACUACCCAGCCUUUCAGACGGCCAGCAGAUCUGGCCAGGCAUCGCCUUUUGUGCACAUAACAGCGUAAUAUGUUAUGCGGGAUUGUAUUGCAUGUCUGUCGGUGCUGUUAUCGGACCUUCUUCCACUCUGGUGAUUUCGAUGCAUAUCUCUCAUUAUCGGCGGAAGUUGUUUCAGUGGCUUAAUUUCACUCGUUCUGAAGGCGGCGCCAGUAAUCUGGAUGAUCUCGCAAUAUCGUCAACGAAAUUCAUUGUGUUUGCAACUGAAGAAGUCUUUUUCCGUGACUGCGCCUCAGCACUAGCAGGGGCGCUUGCUCACAUGACCAGGGAACCGUUGGCUCCUACGUAUUGUGCCUUGAGAGAGGGAAGGCUCACCGUCAACAGUAGCUGGGGCAUGGGGCUUUACCUGGUUUGUAGUAGCGGGCGCAUUUGCGAAAGAUGA